AUGCUUCAGAGAAACAUUGGUCUUGUUUUCUGUGUUAUCAUCGUCUAUGUGUAUGGCUGUCCUGAUAAAUGUUCUUGUAAUGGGACAGUGGUGAUGUGUGAAAAUCAAGGAUUUUCGUUUAUACCACAAGAUAUCCCCGACAAAACGACCGAACUAUUUUUAGGAAGAAAUGAGAUUGAGAACAUAACUGAAAAUCAGCUUGAAAAAGGUGCUUCCCUGAAGAAAUUGUAUUUGUACAAAAAUAGAUUAAGUCAUAUUCACCCUGACGCCUUUACCUACUUGGAACAACUAGAAGUACUAUCGGCAUCAUACAACCACCUGAAAAUAAUCAAACGUCAAUAUUUCUGGAAAACAAUUCGACUGAAGUUAUUAUAUCUAUCUAGUAAUAAACUUGCUGAAAUCCAGAAGGGAACUUUUAAGAAUUUACCAAAAGUGAAAUACGUUGUACUCAAUAAAAACCUUGUGAAUAGAGUUGAAAGUCAUGCAUUUGAGUCUCUUCUUGCUUUAAAGAGAGUAUACCUAGACGGGAACAAUAUAAAAGAAAUGCAGAAAAACUGUUUUGGAAACGGAACGAUACUUGAUCGUUUGUAUCUGGGUUCGAAUCCUUUGAUAUGUGACUGUGGAAUGAAGUGGUUAAUGGACUACGUGAAAACCCAUCACACCUCGCUAGAACUAGAGAGCAGGGAAGGAAGUCGUGUCGAUGUGGUUUGUGACAAACCAGAUACACUUAAAGGGAGGCGUGUUCUGGAUCUUCCUGAGAACAGUUUUUACUGUGAAUGUCGAAUUCCUGGAAUCAUGUACAGCGGGACAGAAAACAAAACAAUCAAAGGUUUAGGAUGUCAAUAUUGGUCAGAUCAGAAACCACACAGACAUGACUAUGACAUGCUUGGAAUGAACCAAUCAAACUACUGCAGAAAUUUUGACCGUGACAGAGCAUGGUGCCUGACCAAUCAAACAGAUGUAUUGUGGGAUUACUGCUAUGUCCCGGUUUGUGGUAUGUCUUACAUCAAGUUUACUAUUGAGCUUUUCAUAAAGGGUAUAAGAACGUUCUUGUUUAGGAAUACAAAAAUUUAUUGA